AUUUCCCGCAGAUUAGGCUGUAAUAAGAUUCAUGAUUACAGUAGAAGAGAAAAGAAUUAGGAACUACAGAUUGGAAGCCACUAGUUGUUGGCUGGCUGGAGGAGAGGAGAGAUGAAUGAAUGUAGAAAGGAUUGUACUGAUGAAGACAGUUCUUCUGUGUGUUAUUCUUCAACCAGCGAUUGUGAUUCGGAACCGGACGUUCCCGGACAGUCUCAUGAUAAGAUAUUCUCCGUACAGCAAACUAGUGGAUAUAAUGAGGGCCAACUUAAAUUGACCUUCUCAAUGAAAGAAAGUAAAGGCGAUGAUGUAGAACAAGAGAGUAAUAUAUUGUUUACUUCCCCUCAGACUACAGUUAAUCCACCUGUUAUUGUCAGUGCUCUACCAGUGCUAAAUCCUGAAGUCCACGUUCCUGUUAGAAAUGAAGUCACGAUUCCACCCAUGGAUCAGAAUUCAUUGAAAGGAAAAACUCAGAGUAGAAAUGUAUUUGAUAGCAGUGCUAAUUGGUUGUGUCCUACUAGUUCAGGAUCCAGUCAGGAUACACGACUACCUUCAACAUCAUCAUCCAAGCCUUACCAACUAGCCAGUUAUAAACAAACUAAACAUCGUGAUAACUCAAACGCUAAAAGUGGUUCCGAAUCAGACCGUGAAUAUUCAGGAGAUUGUGCCACAGAUACGGAAUCCACCUCGACUAAAAUCAGUGAUAUAUUUCUCGCACCAGGAUCUAAUCGGAGUUAUUUUUCUACGGAUGAGGAUGUUGACGAUCGUUCACGUUUAUCAAAACAUCGUCGUCAUUUAGACGGCGCUGAACAACUGUUAAAAUUGGAUAGCAUGCCUAAUGUGUCUCCUGAUAGUGGAAUACAAUCUAUAGGCGGGUCCCCAUCUGGUAACGAUUCUCCAGAAUCAGUUUCGCACGGAGAUACUGGAAUUAAUGUUAUUCAUGAAACACAAAUAGAAUGUCGUACAGAUAUUAACAUCAAUAAAACAGUGUCUAAUUACGUUCAAGAAGUGCGGAAAGUUUCUCUGGCGUCUGAAUCAGAUCUAUCUAUGAAAUAUUCAGAACCUGUUCAAACUAUGUCUCCUAUAAAAUCAACGACGACAGUGACAACAAGUUGUAAUGUUGAGGAUAAAAAGGUAACAAGUUCUAGUAAGAGUUGUGAAAAAAGACAUUCUGAGAAAUGUCAAGGAGAUGUGUCGCGUCCGAGUGUCGGUCGUCCUCCGAAACGAAAAAAGUUUGAAUAUCUCAGUAAAUAUAAAAAAAGUACUUUAUACUCCAACGUGGAUAGUUCAACAUCAUUGAUAAACGUACAGACAGAUAUCAAUAGAAAUAUGUUCCCUGAACCCUCUCCUUUACGGAACGAUGUUUUUGAUGGACCUAGUACAUCAACUGGUCCGUUGAAUAACGAUUCAGUGUCGAACUCACCCGUUAAAAAACGUGGUCCAGGUAGACCGAAAGGUUCGCGGAAUAAAUUUCCAUCAAAGAAAAAAAUUCAUUCAGUGUUAAAAGUGAAAGGUUCUCAAAAAACAAAAGUGAAGGGAAAACCAGGUCGGAAAAAGAAAAUAUUCGGGAAUAAUUUACAAGCUGGAAAUAUGUUGGGACAAAAUGGUGAAAUAAAGAUAAAACGUGGGCCAGGGCGACCCCGUAAAAACCCAUUACCCCCACCCACAUUGGGUUCUCCCAAUCAGCAAGAUAAAAGACUUGCUUCUGAUUCAGAGUUCUCUUCUCUAAUACAAAGUGUAACAAAUAAUAUUCAGAAACAGUUCGAUACUCGCCGUGAGUUUUCCUUCGGUACUAGUGCUAAAAAUUUGCAUAACUUUAAAUCACAAUCCAGUCCUUCCAAGUCUCCCUCAAAACCAACAUCAAAAGUGCGGAAACCAAAACUCCAUGUCAUGAUGAGACAUAAAAAGCGAAAAAGAAAAAAGAAAUUCGCGAAACAAAGUAUGGGAGGUUUUGGAGGUUUCCCUGCUAAAAACACGAACUCAUCUUUUGCGAAAAUCAAACCUGCACGUAUGGCAAAACCAUUAUCAUUGUCCUCAUCAUUUUUAUCUUUUACUACCCCAGCUAGUUCUAGUUCUAGCACAAUUAAACCAGCUUUAUUUGACUCUAUGAAAUUCAGGGCUCCCGUUUCCGACACCAUCGUUGAGCCAAGUCCCACAAAUGUGUUCUCAUUUGCAUAUCAAAAUCAGGACUGUGAAUCGAAAAAGAAGCGAAAUAAAAAACUGUUAUAUUUUCGAUCAAAGCAUAAGAAUAUCAUCGAUCCUGUUUUAAAUGCAAAUUAUUAUGAGAUGAUGAAUUCGAUGGAGAAACUUGCCAUCUCGGAAAAACCUGAAGAGAAUUAUAUUCGCGUUCGUCCGGGAGAAGUUUUACUCCCAAGUAUUUUCAGACUUACAAAAAUUAACGUUAAAAAGAAAAAGAAGGAGAAAGUGGUUGUUGAAAAACCAAAGAAAACCAAAAUACCCAAAGAACUUUAUGAGCCUUUAUUAAUGAAAGAGAAAGGCAAGCCAGGGAGAAAGAAAUCCACAAGUAUAUCUGAAGAGAUUCCAACUGUUUUAGAAGAUCACACUCAUGAUAUACAAGCAGCCAUACAUCAGCAAUGUUUACCACCAAAGAAAAGACAUAAAAUGACAAUGUACACAAAUUCCUCACCCCCCUUGCCGUCAACUAAAGAUAGCAGUCCGGGGACAGGAGUUACCCCUACCCCAGAAAAACGAAAAGUUGGGCGUCCUAGAAAAUACCCUCUACCUACACCAAAACCAAAGGAAUCACCUUCAACAAAUACAACAGGUGGCCCAGAAAGUGCUAAAACAAAAAUCCUUUCUACUAAAUGA